AUGGCGACGGUGCUUAAAGGUGUCGCUUGCCUCGUCGCUGGGGGAGCUAAUGGUUUAGGUCGAGCUGCUGCGCAGAAAUUGGUUCAGCAGGGCUGUAGAGUUGUAAUAGCAGAUCAACCAUCGAGUGAAGGAGACAAAGUUGCCGGUGAUCUUGGAGAGAAAUGUGUAUUUGUUCCCACUGAUGUAAGGAGGAAUUCCGCUCUAGUCUUCCAAAAAUGGGGCCGGAUAGGGCCAGGUUGUGUAGAGGGAGGGGUAAGCCGGUAAGGGGUGGAGGGAGGGGAACAUUGUAUGCGACUACACAGAAAGUGAACCUCGUGGAUCAGCUUACGUGUCCAACUCUCUAUGAAGUUCUAGGAGAUAAAAACUUUAAGGAUAGGUUCAAACAGUGGGGAGGAUUUCCCAGGGGAAAUAUAUGAACAUACGGUGUUGUAGGAGGGAGAUUGGGUCGAGACUGGCACGACACACCGAGCCUCGUCGAUCUGUCCUGUACCAAUCCCUCAGUAUCUCAAUCUCUUCUCAUCAAGCGAUCUUGCUUUGCAUCCUAAGAAAACCAAGUUGCUUGCUCUCUGCUACCCGCUUGCUUGCUUGCUGGAGAGAGGCAAGGGUCGCUUCAGCAAGCACUGCCUUUGUCAAGAAUUGUCUCACAGAAUUCCUUACUUCCUGGUCCUUACUAAAGCCAGGUUCUUUAUCAGUCUUUCCAUUUCACAAUAAUUCUUUGUAAGAAAUUCAUAAGUCUUAACUGCCAGAGUAUUAAAUCAGGGGAAAGUGGAUUUUGCAAGUAUAAUUAGCCUUUUUGGUCUUCCAGGUUUCAUCAGAAUCUGAUGUGAAGCAAGCCAUUAAAACAGUUGUAAACAAGUGUGGUCCACUGCGUAUUGCUGUGAAUACCGCUGGUAUAGUAAAACUAGCAAAAACUUUGUCAGAUGAGGGUGAGGUCCACCCUCUUGAUAUUUUUGAAGAAAUAUCAAAGGUACUUUCAGUUUGGUUUUAAUCCAAAGCAAAUGACACUUAAUAAUCUUUUUUAAUAUAACAUCAGUAAGACUAUUGCAUCAGUAAACAUUCACCUUAGUGGGAGACAGUUUUUGAGGUGAAGAUCAAUGAACUUGAUUCCAUAAGAAGGGAAGGGGGGGAGCAGGUCAGCAAUACCAGGUGACAUUCAAAUGCUUACUGGAAUCCUUUCCUAGAUUGGGUGUUGACAAACUAAUGAUAAAAGUCAUCUUGGAUUAAAAUGUUGAGAAAGUGUACACUUCAAAACAGCAGGUACCCUUUUAAGGUUUGACUCUGAAUACUCUUGGUUAAGAGUCUUCUCUGCAAUUUUUUUGGGAGGAAUGAUUCCCUUCUCCACAUACAAGUGUGAAAGAAUUAUCAGGAAAUCCUGUUGAAUAUCAUCCCUCAUGGGGGGACCAGGAAUUCACCUGUUUGACUCAUACAACAGGGACCGUGCAGAGGGAGGGGCUGGGGGGGCUUUAGCCCACCCAAUUUUUUGCAAGAAUAAAAAUAAAUUAAACAAAAAAUAAUUUAACAAAAAAAUUUUCCUUCAUGCAUUCUUCUUUAGCCCCCCCACUCGAAAACUUGCUGUACGGUCCCUGUACAACAGAAACCUGGAUAAAUUCUGGGAGAUGCCAGGGAUGGGUGCAUGGUUAUACUUAUUAUUGUUGUGUGCUUAGUUCUUCAAAUAUUAAUGUAACCCCAUUUCUAAUAGAAUGUUCACCCAAAAUGACUUUUCAUCCAAGGAUUAAGUCAACUCAUAUUACUCCUUGUGGGAGAUUUUGUGGCUGUUAGUUACUCUACAUUCUAGAAAUCCUCUCAGAAAUGGAUGCCCUCAUGUAAUUCAAGAAAGACCCCUGAUGUCAGAAUUUUCCUGAAAUGACAACCUCAUAUUAGGAACUUUUAAAUAUCAAGCCUGUUGGUGGCAUAUACCAAAGCAGGGUACCCCCCCUCCCCUAUUACCAGUAAGAUGUGAGCUACUUCUAUCAAGCACAAAAGUUUAGAAAACAUUAGCAAGUUUAAUUUUCUUUUGUGUCUUUCCAGGACCCCCACGAUCCAAUUUUGCUCAAAACUGAAAAAGACUGAACUGUUUGUGUACAUAAUUGGUCUUCAACAUAGAAAAAUGAAUGGGGGAAGGGGUGGGGGCUAUUUUGGACAAGAAAAUUAUCCUCAAUGAAUGGCAAGACAUGUUUGACCUAAUAUAGCUGAUGUGCACGACCUUUCCAAAACUCCUUUUUGCUGAUCAAAAGCUUGUGAAACUUUUUUAUUACCCACUACCUACUCUCAGAAAUGUUACUUGCAGAUCAACUUGACAGGAACAUUUAAUGUGACUCGGCUUGCAGCGCAACAAAUGGCUACAAAUGAACCUGAUGAGGGUGGGGAGAGAGGAGUAAUUAUUAACACCUCCAGUGUUCAUGCCUAUGAUGGACAGUCAGGAAAAGUGGCAUAUUCAGCAUCAAAAGGUGCUAUUAACGCUAUGACACUUCCUUUAGCAAGAGAUCUGGGACGGCAUGGUAUAAGAGUGAAUACAAUUGCACCAGGUAUAUGAAUUGAAUUUCUCUGCAAACUUGUGUGAAGCAAUAACCAUUCAAGGCUAAAUAACUGUAAAAUGAGUUCAUGUGGGAAAAACCGUCUUUGAGUAGCUCAUGUUGUAAAGCGCUGGACUGCCAUGCAGCAGGUUGAGGGUUCAGGCCCCAGAUCAGACCAACAUACAGGGUCUUAAUUAACUCACUAUGACAUUGACAAAUGUUUAGACAUUCUGAUCUUCUGUGAUAAGGACGAAGAACCGGAGGCCUCAUGUUCUGUAUUUUCUCUUUACUGGUUAGCAGAGGACAUUAAAGAACCCACACACUUCUCGCCAUUAGUGGGAAACGUAGCUUCCCGGCUAUUAUUUACACAGGGUCCCAUUUGAACCAACGUUGAAGCUGAACUGGGCCAGUGGCAUCCACGGGUUCAAAUCCCGUCGAAGCCUGAAGUUUUCGGGCUUUAUUUCUUCUACAAUUUCUUUAAUUGCAGCUUCAUUGCGAGGUGAUUGCUAAUGCACGACAAAGUGAAUUAAUACUUUCUUUUCAAAAACCAGGAAUGUUCCUAACUCCAAUGUUAACCAAAUCAAGACCAGAACCAUCAGAACAACAGAAGAUGGCUCAGAUAGUUCCAUUUCCCAAGCGCAUUGGAGACCCAGCGGAGUUUGCACAGCUUGUACAAACAAUCAUUGAAAAUAAAAUGAUUAACGGUGAAGUUAUUCGGAUUGAUGGCGGCGUGAGAAUGCCUUGAUUACGAAGGAAAUUUUAAAUUUUUCGCGGACUUCUGCGUUCAAAACGGAAAGGUUGUCACUUACCUCAUUAACUUUUUCAGUUGCAAGUUACUCGAGAAGAUUCUAAUGAAAGGCUUGUUUUCAAUAUAAGUACUUGUAAAUACGACGAUAGUUUUAGGUUUCAAUCGCAAGCUCGACAUCACUGCAAGAAGUCAAGUGCAUGGCCAUGACCACAAAAACGUGGGCUUUUAUUUUUUGGAACUUUAUCUUCUAUUGAAGGUUUUUCAGUUUCAAUCGCAAACUGGAUAUCACUGACGAGAAAUAAACCCUUUGAUUGCCAAGAUCUGAUUGUUAAUUCUCCCCUCUGGUUGCUACACUUUUCCUUAGAAACUAUUUACGAAAAUUUGGUGUUAGAUCAUGAUAACAACUUCUACCUGAUAAGUUGGAGUAUUCUCAUUACCAAUUUGGUGUACAAUGUUCGAAUAGUAUAAGGUGGAGUUACAUGUUAAUCAUUUCUGAGAGUUAGAGGGUUAAGUGCACGGAGAUAACCUCCUAAACGUGGGUUCUUGUUUUGGAAAAUUCAGUUUCUCUAUUCGGAAAUUAGUUUGUACCGAUGAUAUGCU